UCCAUUUUAUUUUAUUAUUUCAUAUUAUAUUAUAUAUUAUAUUAUAUUAUAUAUUAUAUAUUAUAUACCCUCUCUCUCUCUCUAUAUAUAUAUACGUACCUCCAUCUCCAUAUAUCCCCCAUUAAUGGCUUCCAUUAAUCCUCAAUUCUACUCCGACAGCACAUUUCCUAGUCAUCUUUCUGAGUUUUCUACAGUACCCACUGUGGGUGUGGCUUUUGGUGGUCCAAUGUGGAGUCAGGAAAGCUUAGUGCCAUUAUUUGAUAAUGCUCUGCUGGAUCAUGUUGUCGUGUCGCCACAAUCGGAUAUGACAUCAUCGUAUCCCGGCGCCGGCGGGAAACUAGAGACAUCGGACCUCGCCGUUCCCUCAUUGUCUGACCACUAUAAAGUGGAUUUGUGUGGGAUGAUGCCUGCAGGGGUUGAUAAUUUUGGUGCCGCCCUCCAACCCAAUAUGUGCCACUUCAGGGAGGAGUAUUGUUGUGGAUUUCUCGACGAGUUUAAGCCGCUUUAUCCUGCGGCUGGGGAUAACAACUCAUGGGGAGGAAUUCAAGGUAAUCAACCGGCUGCGAUGGAAGAAUCAAAUAUCAAAGUUGGACGGUACUCGGAGGAGGAAAGGAAGGAAAGGAUUGUAAGAUAUUUGAAAAAGAGAAACCAAAGGAACUUCAACAAAACCAUCAAGUAUGCAUGUCGGAAGACCCUCGCUGACAGGAGAGUUAGAGUUCGUGGGAGAUUUGCAAGGAACAGUGAACUCUGUCAAGAAAGAAUGCUUGUCAUCAACAACGACCAUGACGAUCCUCACAAGCAGGAAUCCUACUGUAGUAGUGAUGCCACCGAGAUAAAAACGGACGACGACGACUGGCUGCAAGAGGCAAUGGCAAGUUUAAUGUAUUUACCAUAUAUUGCUGGGUGAUAUGGAUAUGCAAAUUGACAACUAAUGUAGGGACCGUUUAAAUAGGGCAUGCCUUUUUUCUUUUCUUAUUUUCCUCAUGUACGUAGUCUUACGUACCAGGCAAAAUAUUGAGAUUAUAUAUAUAUAUUGAGUUUACUUUGGAAUAUAUUAAUUGGCAAAUGGAUAUUGAUCCAAAGGGAAAAAGCUCACUUUUUGUAUGCAAAUUUCUCUUUCACUUUAUUGCUUUGAUAAGCACGUGUAAACUUUGCUAUAAUUUACAAAACAUGCAUGGCUGGUCUGAUUGCUGUGUUUUUA